AUGGUUAAAGUCUACAAAUACACGGAGAAACAAUCCCUGGCUCAUCAAGUCGGUAAAUAUAUCCUCGAGUGCCAAGACAAAGUCUUGCAGAACGAUAGUAAGGCUCAAUUCACGGUGGCAAUUAGUGGUGGUUCAUUAGUCAAUGUGCUGAAGGCGUGUCUUAUUGAUGACAAGGAGUUGGCUUCCAAGGUCCAAUGGGCCAAAUGGCACGUUUAUUUCUGCGAUGAGAGACUAGUUCCCCUUGAUGAUGCAGACAGCAACUACGGUGCAUUCAAAAAAGCUGUUCUAGAUCCCUUAUCCCAUCAUGGAGACCAUCUAAACCUUGGUCCAACUGUUUAUGCGAUCAACGAAACCCUAGUCAACGAAGGAUCCCACCAUAAUGAAAAGAUCGCCUCCGAGUACGAAUCUUUACUACCUUCCAAAGGUUUCGACCUACUUCUACUAGGCUGUGGACCAGACGGCCACACUUGCUCCUUAUUCCCUGGUGAGAAACACCGUUAUUUGAUUGAAGAAUCUCAAAAGAAGGUCGCAUGGUGCCACGAUUCACCAAAACCACCAAGUGACCGUAUAACUUUCACUUUCCCUGUGAUUUCUCAAGCCCGCAACAUUGCGUUCGUCGCAGAGGGAGCUUCGAAGCAACCUAUAAUGCAGUCUAUCUUCGACAAUAAAGACCAACAGCUCCCUACAGCAUUAAUCAAUGCCCGUUACAGUGACAAAGUCUGCUGGUUCAUCGACGAAGCAGCUUUUGCCACAGUCAAAGAUACCACCGCAGUCUUUAAGAACUGA